AUGACGAAUAAGUUGGAAAAAAUGCCCAAAAUGAAGGUCCCAUGGUAUACGGAUGCAACCAUCGUACCAAAAGACUCUUUCCUCGUUGCUUAUUCAAAGACCUUAAAGGAAGAAAAAAGGAAAGAAUUAUUUGAUAAUUUGAAGGCUGAUGAAUCUCUGGGAUGGGCUGUAAAUGUCAUAGAUCCAAAGGAACUAUCUGCAAAAAUGUUAAAGAAAACCAAGAUUAACCUCAAUGAGACCUCACAUGAAUCUGCCAUGAGCCUUAUCAGAAGAGUAACAGAAAUGGGAGUUCUUCUGACUGAGGAUUAUGUAUAUACAGUUGGAGAUCCAGAGAAAUACAGAGUGAGAUUGAUUGAACGAUUUACAUUCAUAAAAUUUGUAGUCCCAAAAAAAGCUGAUAGUCUAUAUCCAGUUGUGAGUGGAGCAAGUAUUGUCGCUAAGCUUACAAGAGAUCGAGCACUUCGAAAUUGGGAACUAGAUGAAACUGCUGAUAAUAUGAAUAGAAAUUUUGGCUUUGGGUAUCCAGGAGACCCUGCAACUAAAACUUGGUCGGGUAAUCACAAACACUUAGUAUUUGGAUUUUCAACAUUAGUAUGGUUCAGCUGGGGUACAUGUAUAUGA